CUCUUAAUUUUCAUUUAUUUUGCCAUUGGUGUUUAUAUUGCUGUUGUCGUUUUUUUGCGUUCGUUUUGUUUCUGUUGUAUUUUCUCGAAAUAUGUCUUGUUACGGAUCACGGAAAGCAGUCGUUGAGAAAUGUACACGGUUUGAAAAGGGUAACUGCUUUGAUAUGGAUUGUGAAUUUUUGCACAAUUAUAAAUACUGUUUCCAAUUUCAAAAUACUACAUGUCGCAAUCAGAAGUGUCCAUUUUUGCAUUGUACUGGCGUAGAACAGCUUCGCUAUGAAACAACGGGAAAACCAACGGAUAACCUCAAGAGAGAAGUCGGACGAACUUUACAAAGCACGAAUAUAUGUGGUGAUUUUAAAAAAAAUGUUUGCAAACGUACUAAAUGUAAAAGACGACAUGUAAAAUUAGACGACAUAGAACCUUUAGAGUGUCCUGUAUGUAGGGAUGAAAUGAUUAUCGAAAAUUUUGGUGCAGGAUAUUGUGGGCAUAUUUUUUGUAUGAAAUGUGCAUUUCGAUUGUUAAACGAUGAAGUAGAAAGUGGAAAAAUCAAAGUUAACUGUCCAAUUUGUAGGCAAGAAACCAUAUACAAAAAAUUAAUGUAAUAUUCAGUUGUAACUUUUAGAUAUAAAUAAAAAGGAAAAAGGAAA